CUUUCUCACUGUAUCUUGAGCGAGUAGGAGCUCUGAUCUUUAGCUCCACACAGUCCACAGUACCUCGUCUCCUCCAGGACUCCAAAAAGACAGUAUGGAGAAGAGCCAGUAUGGACACCCCCAGGAUGUGUCGGCUCUCCCCUACCCCGGCCCCCCAGUGGGCUACCAGGGAAAUGGCGGGGGAACUGCCUACCCCCCUCAGCCUGGCUUCCAGGGAGGUCCCCAACCCAGCAUGUACCCACCACCUCCCCAGUACAGCAUGGGCAUGGCACAACCUACAAAUGCCCCGGCGGUGAUAACCCAGGUGGUGGUGAUGCAGCAGCAGCUGCCUAGAGACGUGCCCGGCCAGAUGACGUGUCCCCAGUGUCAGGUCCAGGUUCUGACAGAGACCACACACACCACUGGACUGCUCACCUGGGUCAUCUGUGGAUCACUCGGCCUUUUGCUGAUCUGGCCAUGCUGUUUGAUUCCGUUCUGUGUUGACUCCUGUAAGGGACGUGAGCACCGCUGCCCCAACUGCAAGAGGGUGAUCCACAUCCACAGACGUAUGUGA